AUGGCCGUCCAUAUGAAGAAGAUGCCCGGCCAAUUGACCGUGGUGAUAAAACUCGGCACAAGCUCCAUAGUCGACGAGAAGACACAUCAGCCUCUGCUAUCUAUCCUCUCUCUCAUCGUCGAAACAGCAUGCAAGCUCCACGCCGACGGUCACCGCGUCGUCAUCGUCUCCUCCGGUGCUAUCGGCGUUGGGCUGCGACAGAUGAACCUCCCACGGCGUCCGAAACACCUUCCCAAAGUCCAGGCGCUGGCCGCUAUCGGGCAGUGUAAGUUGCUGGCACUGUGGGAUUCACUGUUCGGAAACCUGAACCAGCCGAUCGCCCAAGUGCUGUUGACACGGAACGACAUUGCGGAUCGAACGCAGUACCAGAAUGCACAGAAUACUUUCAUUGAGUUGCUGAGCAUGGGUGUCAUUCCAAUCGUCAACGAGAACGACACCCUAGCUGUUACGGAAAUUAAGUUCGGUGACAACGACACGCUGAGUGCGAUUACCGCGGGCAUGGUGCAGGCGGACUACCUGUUCCUGAUGACAGACGUCGACUGCCUGUACGACAAGAACCCGCGAACAAAUCCAGACGCAAAGGCCAUCGAGGUCGUCGAAGACAUCUCAGAGUUGACUGCAGAUGUCAACUCAGCAGGAUCGGCUCUAGGCACAGGCGGCAUGAGCACAAAGAUCGUUGCUGCGCGAUUGGCAACAAGUGCGGGCGUCACAACGGUCAUCACGAAGAGCUCAAAACCGGGCAACAUCUCAGCGAUCAUCAGGCACGCAGAGCAGCAGCGAAAAGCCAACGUCUCGAGUCGCAACUCGAUCAGCAACUUUCAAGACGACGCAGUGAACCUCCACGCUUCUUCUCACGAUCUCUCAAACUCCACAUCGUCCCUGCUCGAGCCUUCGAACCAAAUCGCAGCUAUCUCCACCCCACAGGCUGACGACGAGCCCGCACCAUUACACACCCGCUUCCUCCCCAUCUCCCACCCAAUCCGCGACCGCUACUUCUGGAUCCUGCACGGCCUCGCGCCGCACGGGACCAUCUACAUCGACAGCGGCGCAUACAAAGCGCUGCACGACAAAGCCGGGCUGCUGCCCGUCGGCAUCGUCGACGUCGAAGGCCACUUCGCGCAACAAGAAGCCGUCCGCAUCGUCGUUGUCAAGCGGCUUUCCUCAACCUCCGCUGCUGCACCAUCCCUCGCAUCGCCCACCACCACCGCACCCCCAACGCCCACCCACACAACGCACACGCACGCGCCUAUUCCCCUGCGACACCCGCUGCCGCACACGAACGCGCAUUCUCACCACGGCAGCGGGACCCACACGCCGCUGUACGAGCUGACAAACCCGGCGCCGUAUGAGAUCGGCAGGGCGGUGGUGAAUUACUCGGCGGGCGAGAUUAGGAGGAUCAAGGGCAUGCAUUCGACGCAGAUUGUGAAGGAGUUGGGGUAUGCAGAUAGCGAGUAUGUAGCGGUCCGGGAGAACAUUGCCUUCUUUGGGGUCGAGAGGAGCAGGCCGCCGACGCCGCAGCUGGAGCAUUAG